AUGUUUUUCACUAUUAGUGAGAAAGUAAAUGAAGAUAUUUACACAGAGUUUUAUCGAAAGAUGGAAGAUGGCAUUAAGGGUUCCAAUGAAGACACACCUGAGCCAUUCUGUAUUGGCCUUAUUACAUGCAUAUUUGUAGAAAAUAGUGAGAACUGUGCAAAGGAUAUUAAAUUAAGAGUAAAAAUGUUUUACAGGCCAGAAAAUGUAAUGAAUGAAAUAGAAGAUGUCUUAAAAGCAGAUCUUAACAAGUUGUAUUGGAGUGACGAUGAGUGCAUAGUGUCUUUUGAAAAUGUUGUUGGAAAAUGCUGUGUGGUGUACAGUAACAACUUGACUGUACCAGUAAUGAAGUGGUCAUGUGAAGGACCAGACAGAUUUUACUUCACAGAAACUUUUAAUUCGUUGACAAAGACAUUCAGUAGGCCUACACCUCGAGGAGAAGCAUCCCUUCUUGGAAAGCGAAUCAAGGUACAGAUUUUUGGUGCCCAGAUUAUACUGGGUUUUAAAAGUUUUUGGUUCCACUUACAAAUUCAUAUAGUUUUUUCUUUACUCAUGUGCCCUUGUGGAACUGUGGUGUCCUGCACAGUCCAGCAUGUCUUAGCCUAUGAAUUUUUAUGCACACUUUCCUACAUACGCUUCACAUUCUCACAAUCAUCACUAGCAAUCUGUACUGUAGAUCCUUAUCAAAAUAUGGACUCAUGGUGCCAAACAAAGCCACACUGCACUACACAGUCACACAUUCACAGUGCAGGGUUCUCUCAUGCAGCAGAUGAGGAUUAUGUUGAUUACAUGGUACACAUUACCGGUAGCUCUGCUUAUUUACACCAGUGUCUACAUGAAAAUGGACAUCAUCUGCCAUCAGUAAUUAAAGUUCCACGUGAAGUGCAAGGAGUGAUCUGGCAUUGUUGGCACCACGGUGUGUCUGGCAGCAGAAUGGUGAGGCCUUCAGUCUGGAUGGAUGUUGUGGCAGAGCUGGCUGAUUUUUUGCAAAAACUUUAUGAACACUUGUUUGUGCAAAAAGUGUGUGAUGAUUUGAGAAACAGAAUUGUGCCACUGGUUGGAGGAUUCUUUUCAAUCUGCAUCACCACCCAUGGCACAUGUAUUACAAAACAACCUGAGGAGCUGAGACAGAAGCAGUUGCAGUGGCUACACACUGAACAUCAAGGGGAAAAUUUUGGAGACAUUCAAUAUCCUGCAAACAGCUUUGAAACUUGUAGCAUUGCCUGUCCUUUAUUCUUAUUGCUCACAGCUUUACCCAAUUGCUGCAAGAGUUCAGACAUAGUGUGCAUACACACUCUGUUGAGGUUGAGUGUCCUGCUUGCCCAGCUGGCUGAUGGGGGCGAACAUAUUAUGCGACUGGUGGGCUGCCAGCCGACACAACCUCAGGAGCACUGUACUCUAUGGGCACUGUGGACUAGUAGCACUUUCAAGAAUACAAAUACAUUUCAAGAUACAUAUCUUCAAAGUGAGCAGUACCUGGCAAAGACACCCAAAACUCAGACCAUCUUCUGUUCUGUGUGGCAUCAAGUGUUAUUGAGAAACUGUACAUAUUUUUCUUGCACUGGCAGCCAGUGUAGGAUGGAUGUAAGUGAGGUGAAAUACUGGCCAGAUGUUAACAGGAAGUUGAGAACAUUGGAUAUUUUUGCUGGUUGUGGAGGUCUUUCAUAUGGUCUUCAGCAGUCAGGUGUUGCUGAAAUAUGCUGGGCAGUAGAAAAAGAUAUGGCUGCUGCAGAAGCCUUCAGCCGUAAUCAUCCACACUGCACUGUUUUAAUGGAUGACUGCAAUUUGUUGCUCCAGCUUGUAAUGAAUGGAGGCAUAGAAAAUAGUAAACGUCAGCAGCUCCCACAAAAAGGAGAAGUUGACCUGAUAUGUGGAGGACCACCAUGCCAAGGUUUCAGUGGAAUGAAUAGGUUUAGCGAAAAACUAUACUCACGUUUCCAGAAUUCUCUGGUUGCAUCUUUCCUGUCAUACUGUGAUUAUUACCGGCCAAGAUUUGUUAUCAUGGAGAAUGUUCGCAAUUUUGUAGCAUUUAAGCAGAGUGUGGUUUUAAACUUGACUCUUAGAGCCUUGCUGGAGAUUGGUUACCAGUGUACAUUCACAGUACUUCAGGCAGGGAAUUUUGGUGUGCCACAGAGCAGAAAGAGGGUAAUACUCCUUGCCGCAGCCCCUGGAGAGCUCCUGCCUAGCUUUCCAGAAGCGACACACGCAUUUAGUCAAAGUUUGUGUCAGCUGAAUGCUGCAGUAAAUGGACAGACAUACUACUCAAAUUGUAAUCGGAUGUAUUCAGCCCCAAUGCGCACUAUAACAGUGCGUGAUGCUCUUUCUGAUCUUCCAGAAAUUCCAAACGGGCAUGAUAAAUGUGAAAUUCAUUACAAGAAAAGACCACUGACACAUUUCCAGCGUUUGGUCCGUGGCAAUGAGAAACAGAAGGUGCAAUUUUGUCAUAUGAUGAUGUUGCGAGAUCACAUCUGCAAGAAGUUGAACCCUCUAAAUGAAGCACGUGUUGCAAAUAUCCCUAAAAAUGCAGGAGCUGACUGGAGGGAUUUGCCGAAUAUUGCCAUGCGGCUUUGUGAUGGCUCUUACCUGAAGGAACUCAUGUAUACCAACUAUGACCCAAGAAGUGGACAGAUGCGUGGUGUUUGUCCUUGUGCUGAAGGCAAGGAAUGUGAUCCUGCAUACAAGCAGAAUAACACACUCAUCCCUUGGUCUUAUGUUCACACUGCCUAUGACCACAACAACUGGCGAGGGAGGUUUGGCCGUGUAAACUGGAAUGGUUUCUUCAGCACAAUAACAACAAAUCCAGAUCCAUCAGGAAUACAGGGCCGGGUUCUUCAUCCAAAACAGUCAAGAAUAAUGAGUGUUAGAGAAUUUGCUAGAGUGCAGGGCUUCCCUGAUAGUUUUAUUUUCUGUGGAUCAAUAGCAGAUAAGUACCGUCAGGUUGGAAAUGCUGUCCCACCACCAAUGAGUGCUGCUGUCGGGUAUGAAAUAGCAAAAUGCUUGGUAAUUCACACAGCAAGACAGUGCAGCGAAUGA